AUGGGAAAAUGGCUGUGUUUGGUUAUUCUGGCGGGGAUCAUGUGUCUCACAGCUGCCGAGAUGUGUCCAGUGCGCCCUGUGAACUGUGCUGAACUGAAGGAACUAGGAAUGGCGACUGAAGAUGGCGAGUAUGAUCUGUACCCGCCUAUACUGAAUGGAGAGGCGGUGUUCAUAUACUGUCACAACAUGACGGGCACACCAGUGGAGUACUUGACACUCCUCAACUACAACGGCGGCAACCACCCAAACCUAGGCAACAAGAACUGCAAUGGUGAGGGUGUGUCCCCAAUACCCGCCAACAGCGGGAGCAGCUCGUUCAGCAAAAUACGUGUUGACAUCACCACCAUGGAAGUGGACGGUGCUGACUACACAUUCGCUGAGACUACCGGCAAACCGAUCCCCUGGGGUCAGGCCGCAGACUGCUACUCUAUUCACUACGGCGGAAACAAGUCCCCGUGUGGCAUCAAGGGCCUGUCCGUCAUUGACACGACCGACACUGGCCUCAUGCUGGAUCCUAGCAUAACAUGGCAAAAGACCGGGUGGAAUGGAUUUGCCGAGGUGACGAAGUCGACCACUGGCCAGACAAUAUCUCUUCUCUGUGGAGGGUGGUGUGGCGGUUGUAAAGCCACAGGACCCCUCAAACUAAUUGUCACAACGACUGAUCUUAUAACAGCAAGCCCCACAUCGUGUAUGGACGUGAAAGAAAACGACUUUUGGGCUGAAGAUGGCGACUACGUUUUGUUCCCGGAUUCACUUGGAGAUCAGGGUUCAACAUUUUACUGCCACAACAUGGCGACAGCGCCUCAAGAGUAUGUUCCGCUGAGUGUGCCGAACACAGGACAACAUCCCAACAUUGGCAACCGCAACUGCAACGGCGAGACAACAUCUCCUAAACCAGAACUAUCUGGAAGCAGUUCGUUUACAAAAAUCAGAGUACAUAUAAAGAACAUGGAUGUGGACCGCACUGAUUACACGUUCGCUACCACGACUGGGAAACCCGUACCGUACGGAGAGGCCAGCGACUGUUACUCCAUCCACUACGGCGGCAACAAGUCAUCGUGCGGAAUGAAAGGCGACUUCACCAUCGACACUACCGGCAUGGACUUCGUCAUUGACCCAACUCUAACUUGGUCGGCAUUUGGCUGGAAUCCUUUUGAAGAGGUAAACAAGACGAGCAAUGGAAGAAUUGUCUCCCUUCACUGUGGAGGCUGGUGCGGAGGGUGCAGGCCAGAUUCAUUACUUACACUUAGCUUGGCUUGAAGGCCAUCGGACUAGCUCGGCCGAUUGAACGAAUUCUACCUCUUCAAUUUGGGAAUCGACAUAGGUUCUGAUCCUAUUUAAAAUAAAACAUUACAUCCAA